AUGUUACGUCAAUACACCGAGGAUAGCUUCGGAGUACAGACUAGUGUUACGUACACUGUGCUUACCAACUAUAUGCUGUUAACUAAUAUGUUUACGCUUGUGCAUUUUUCGUUCAAACAUAUAGUGAGAAAUGAGUACAACCUCCAUGUGUAUUACCACGAUCAGCAGCUGUUAGCUUUAAUCAAGGUGGAAUAUGCUAGCGAGUUAGGCGCAUCAACCGCAGCGAAAUCGGGAUGUCAAACUACAGUGGGGGAUAUCUACUCUUAUAUCACUACGACAGUGCACCGUGGGAUCGGAAGUGGCCGCUGUGUCUUUGGAAAUGUGGGCCCGGCAGUCCCUCCGUUAGCUGCUGAAAGGGGUAAAACAAUCCCCGUGGAAUUUGUUGCAACUAUGAAAGAAGAAGGAGGUGAGUAA